UCCUCCCUAGACGUCUAUGGCUUAAGCACAGCGGCUAGAAGAAAUAUUUUGGAAUAUUACCGUACAUUUCAUAAUAUUAUUUCAAUUCUAUAUUAUCGACGAGUUAAAAUCGAACGUUCGUUUAAGGUUACGACUGCUAUUAUGCGAUUGGAUUAUUGUAAACAGUAGCAGAUGAUAAAAUACACUUGUAGCUAGCUCGUCAGAUUUGUAGGUAAGAUUGUAAACAACAUUAAUAUUUUGGGCCAACAUGAUUUAGAUGAUCUCGAAGCAAAUCAAACGACCAGAAAACAUGGUAGUGGAUUAUUUUUCGUCGUAAAGCUGUUCCUUCAGUAGGACAAAGCCGCCUUGGAUGUAAAUUGAAUGCCAUGGUUUCCUGGAGCCAUGUCUUGUAAGUCUAAAGUAGCUCCCAGUGUGGAUUUUGACCACAGCUGCUCGGACAGUGUUGAAUAUCUGACACUCAACUUCGGGCCUUUCGAGACCGUCCACCGCUGGAGGAGGCUGCCACCGUGCGAUGAGUUUGUGGGUGCAAGGCGUAGCAAGCAUACUGUUGUGGCAUACAGGGAUGCCAUAUAUGUCUUUGGAGGAGACAAUGGCAAGAACAUGCUUAACGACCUGUUGCGGUUUGACGUGAAGGAUUGCUCAUGGUGUCGGGCAUUUACUACUGGCACCCCACCAGCGCCGAGGUAUCACCACUCUGCAGUUGUGUAUGGAAGCAGCAUGUUUGUGUUUGGUGGCUACACUGGAGACAUCUAUUCAAACUCUAACUUAAAAAACAAAAAUGACCUUUUUGAGUACAAGUUUGCCACUGGACAGUGGACAGAAUGGAAAGUGGAAGGACGUUUGGUAGCCAGGUCAGCUCAUGGAGCCACGGUUUAUAAUGACAAACUCUGGAUUUUCGCCGGAUAUGAUGGAAAUGCCAGGCUGAAUGAUAUGUGGACCAUCGGUCUUCAGGAUCGUGAACAGGCAUAUUGGGAAGAGAUCGAACAAAGCGGUGAAAUCCCACCCUCCUGUUGUAAUUUCCCAGUAGCCGUAUGCCGGGAUAAGAUGUUUGUCUUCUCCGGCCAAAGUGGAGCCAAGAUUACCAACAACCUGUUUCAGUUUGAAUUCAAAGGCCACAUAUGGACACGUAUCCCGACUGAGCAUCUGCUGCGUGGCUCGCCUCCACCCCCUCAGAGACGCUAUGGACACACUAUGGUGGCGUUUGACCGUCACCUGUAUGUGUUUGGUGGGGCAGCAGACAACACUCUCCCCAAUGAACUGCACUGCUACGAUGUGGACUCGCAGACAUGGGAGGUCAUCCAGCCCAGCACAGACAGCGAGAUGCCAAGUGGGAGGCUGUUCCAUGCAGCAGCUGUUAUCCACGAUGCCAUGUACAUCUUUGGAGGAACUGUUGACAAUAAUGUACGCAGUGGAGAAAUGUACAGAUUCCAGUUUUCUUGUUAUCCAAAGUGCACCCUUCACGAGGACUAUGGCAAACUGUGGGAGAACCGUCAGUUCUGUGAUGUCGAGUUUAUCUUAGGGGAGAGGGAGGAGAAGGUCCUGGGUCAUAUUGCCAUAGUAACGGCUCGCUGUAAGUGGCUCCGUAAGAAGAUUCUACAAGCAAGUGAUAGACAGAAACAGAAGAGUAAGCUGGAAUGUAAUGAGGAGAGUGAUGAGUCUGGCUCGGGCAGUCAGAAGGAUAGUUCUGGAAGGUCCUCGAGGGGUCCUCCUUUAUUAGAAGUGUCAAUCAGAGAAGCAGACGCUCAACCAUUUGAGGUUUUGAUGCAGUUCCUGUACACAGACAAGAUACAGUAUCCCCGUAGAGGUCAUGUUCAGGAUGUGCUGUUGAUAAUGGACGUUUAUAAACUUGCUCUGAGUUUUAAACUGUCCAGACUGGAGCAGCUCUGUGUUCAAUACAUUGAAGCGUCGGUGGAUCUGCAGAACGUCCUGAGUGUGUGUGAAAAUGCAGACAAACUUCAGCUGGACCAGCUCAAGGAGCAUUGUCUGAACUUCGUGGUGAAGGAGAGUCACUUUAACCAGGUGAUCAUGACUAAAGAGUUUGAACACUUGUCCACUCCGCUCAUCGUAGAGAUCGUGAGACGCAAACAGCAGCCUCCUCCCAGAGUCUAUUCAGAUCAGCCGGUGGACAUAGGCACAUCUUUAGUGCAGGACAUGAAGGCUUAUCUGGAAGGGGCGGGGCAUGAGUUCUGUGACAUCAUCCUCUUGCUGGAUGGUCAUCCGCGUCCUGCUCAUAAGGCCAUACUGGCUGCUCGCUCCAGUUAUUUUGAGGCCAUGUUCCGCUCCUUCAUGCCAGAGGACGGGCAAGUGAACAUUUCUAUAGGAGAGAUGGUUCCUAGCACACAGGCUUUUGAGUCCAUGCUGCGCUACAUUUACUAUGGGGACGUCGACAUGCCUCCAGAGGACUCACUAUACCUAUUUGCAGCACCUUAUUACUAUGGUUUCUCCAACAACAGACUGCAGGCUUACUGCAAGCAAAAUCUGGAGAUGAACGUUACUGUAGAGAAUGUCUUACAGAUCUUGGAAGCUGCAGAUAAAACUCAAGCUCUGGACAUGAAGAAACACUGCCUGCAUAUUAUAGUCCAUCAGUUCACCAAGGUUUCCAAGCUCCCCAACCUGCGAUCGCUCAGCCAACCGCUGCUGUUGGACAUCAUUGACUCGCUGGCAUCUCACAUAUCAGACAAACAGUGCACUGAGAUGAGCUCUGAUAUUUAGACUCUCCUUCCCUUUCACGUCCCAGCCUAUCUUUUAUUCGCUUUUUUAAUUUAUGCUUCCACUCCAUUUUCUUCCUUUUUCCUCUUCCCAACCUAUAGAAUCCUGCUUCACACCCGUCUACAAUGAGAUCAAGUCAUUUUUCUAGAUUUUAUUCACCCAAUUGGUUGAGGAUCAUGCUGGUUGUACAUUUUACUGAAGCUUCGAUUUGCAUUUAGUUGCAUUUGCAGAUAGUUUAACCUUGUAGCGUAAAGUUAAACUAUCUGGAUAUAAUGGCUUAUAAAUCCUGGAUAUAAAACCAUCUGGAUAUAACUGGAUAUAAUUAGGCAUCCAGUUAUGUGUCCGACAUAAUGAAAGCUUUGAAAACACCACUCUUCAUCUAAAAACCCAAA